GACUCAAAAUGAACAGUCGUCUAAAACAAAGUGGUGGACUGAAAGAGGCACAGAGAUAGAAAGAAAGAGAGAGAAAAAGAAAGAGAGAGAGAGUGAGAGAUGGUCAUAUGAGGUCUGACACAGCCACCACCCAUUGACAACCGCCAAGCUACCUUCUUUAAGCAGCUACAAUUAGCCGCCGACUCUGUUCUAUAAUUUUCCCCUGUUGUCCAAAUCACCCGAACCCAACCCAACCACACCUAAACCCUUCUACUAAACUUUUCUUAUUCUUCUUCAUCUUCUUCUACUGGUCAAAACUCUGAACUUUAAAGGUGGAGCUAAUAGCCUCUCUUUUUGGACAGUUAUUUUUCAGGUGGUGAGAAAACAAUAUAGAACGGGCGGCGCAUGCAGAUGCCAGUAACGAUCAAAUAUAAAAGCAUCCUUCGCCGUUUGUUUUUUCAGAUUCUGAAACCCCAAACAUCGACACGUACGAGUAGUCUCUCUUCUCAUAACCAUAUAUCGAAACGCUCCAAUUCAAUAACCUUCCUCUCUUGUUAAAAACGCUUCUCUCUAUAUUAUAUAUACCUAUACAGACAAAAACCCAUCAGCAAGAAAAACCACACGACAAUUUUGUUAUAUAUAUGUUAGGGAGAGAAAGAGGAGAUGCAAUCGGAGAAAGAUCAAGAGGCCGAGGAGAUGAUGAUGAAGCAAAAAAAUGGUAACAGUAAUGAUAACAACAAUAAUAAUAAUGGUAAUGAAAAUAACAAGGCCCCUCAGAAAUGUCCCCGGUGCGAGUCCCUGAACACCAAGUUUUGUUAUUACAACAAUUACAGUCUCUCUCAGCCUCGUUUCUUUUGCAAGACCUGUCGAAGGUACUGGACUCAAGGUGGGACCCUCCGUAACGUCCCAGUAGGAGGCGGUUGUCGUAAGGGAAAGCGAGCCAGAACCACAACCGGCUCCGCCAUCGCAGCCAACAUGGCCAGCACAUCCUCUACGACGUCCUCUUCCGAAGGUGGUGGUGAAAACUACUCUAGGCAGUUAUUAGCUCAAGCUUCAGUAUCAGGUGGAGGAGGAGGAGGAGCGGGAGAUGUACUGCCACGUCAUCAAAACCAGACGAAUAACCCACAAAGUAUAAUUGGUUCGGGUCUGAUGAUGAGGCCUGUUGAGCCGUUUGGCUCGCAGUUUUUUCAUCAGAGCUCGUACUUGCCUUCUUUUGCAGAUAUGAAUCAACAGUUGGCGGGGAUGAUCACAGCUCCUUCUUCUUCUUCUUCUGCUUCGACUUUGAGUCUUCUAGAGGGAUUCAACUUCGCUGCCUUUGGCUCACAACAACAUCAUCAGCAGCAUCAGAUUAUUCCACCCUCUCAUCAGUUUUUUGAUCCGUCUGACGAUCAUCAUCAAACAACGAUCGACCCAACAAGGAGUGUAAUAAAUUCUAACAAUCAUGACCAUCAAUACUGGCGGCCUCAACAUCAAAGCAACUUUGGAUCAGCUCAGCAUCAUCAUGUCAACAAUGAUUCCGAAACUAUUACUACUCCUACUCAUCAUCAUAAUUCCACCGUCGAUUGGACCGUUAAUGGCGCUGCCAACGUCGACAACAGUGGCGACGUCGUGCCUGCAAACGACUCAAAUCAUCACUGGCCUACUACUACUACUACUCAUCAUGAUCUUUCCGGGUCGUACGGACCUCCUCCUUGAUGAUUUGCUCUUCACUUGAUUAUUGCUCUUGUCCUCGGGAUGUGUGGUAUAGCACAUAAAUUUAAUUUUACAAAUAUUAUUCAUAAGUAUACAGAAAGAAAACGCAUAUUGAAAUGUUAUCAUCAUGAUAAACUAUAUGUUUUUUAUUGUUUUAUUGUUUUUUUUCUGUUCCUACUUCUAGUAGUGUAAAUACUUUAAAUGCCUUUUUUUUUUUUUGUGGUUAGGGAUAUAAAAUGUGACUUUUAUGAAAACAUCAUAUAGCUAUAAGUACAUAGUGUUUUGUGGUGUGGUGUGGUGUGGGUAUAUAUAUACAUGUAUCUUUUUAUUACUGUAAAGGUGAAGAAAAGAAUAUGGAUAUGGAGAGGCUAUAUUGAUCA